CUAAAAAGGGUCCUUUUCUCCUGAUGACGUGUUAGCUUUCUUUGACAGCGAUUCGUGGAAGUAAACGAUAACGAAAGAAAAAUAGAAAUAUAACAUCUCAAUAACUGUUGAUCAGAAGUUUUUUUGUGAUUUUGGUGGCGUCUUUUCCGUCGCUGAAGAUGGAGACGCUUUACCACCAGACCAAUAAACAAAUCCAGGAGGUUCAGUCUCAGAUGGGACGACUAGAGACAACAGACAAAGAGUCAGUCCACUUAUUUGAGAAUGAACUCCAAGCCAGAAUUGAUCAGAUCUUUAACCAGUUGGAGCGACUAGAGAUUCUUGCCAGCAAAGAGCCACCAAAUCGCCGUCAAAAUGCCAAACUCCGUGUUGAUCAGUUGAAGUAUGACGUACAACAUCUUCAGACAGCCCUGAGGAACUUCCAGCACAGACGUUACGCUCGCGAGGCGCAGGACAGGGAGAGAGAGGAACUCCUGAGUCGAAGUUUCACAACAAAUGAUGCAGACACUUCUAUACCUAUUGAUGAGACUCUGCAGUUUAAUUCCAGUCUAUACAAUGCUCACAGAGGAAUGGAUGACCUGCUGGGCUCAGGGUCCAGCAUCCUAAAUGGCCUGAGAGACCAAAGGGAAACACUUAAGGGUACCCAUAAGAAGAUGUUGGAUGUUGCGAAUAUGUUGGGUUUGUCUAACACCGUCAUGCGCUUGAUAGAGAAACGAGCGACGCAGGACAAAUUCAUCAUGAUGGCUGGAAUGCUGGCUACUUGUUUUGUCAUGUUUCUGGCAGUUAAAUACCUUAGCUGAACUGUCCCCCUGUCGACGGAGCUUGAACCCAUCAAUGCGUCAUUCCAACCUGCAGGACUUUUCUGUGAAAAUUCAUUGCUCAUAAUCUAAAAUACCCUACUUGAAAAUCGUCACACAUUAAGUACCUGCUCUUUUGUGGAAUGGCUGCUAAAUAAGUGAGGACAUUCUCGUCUUUUGUCCCUCUAUUCUUGCAUCUUGUGUACAGUGUUUUAAAAGUCAUUGAAUUACUUUAACUCAUUUCAUAUAGGCUGUCAGAAACAGCAUAUUGCUCUAGGUGCGUUUUUUUGAAGUAUAUUGACUGAACUAAAGAGAGCAGACAUCCUGCAACCCAAUUCAUGACUUAUUUCUUAAUCUUUGCUUAUCUUUCUUUACUUUUACUGUGCUAUAUGGUAAUAUAAAAACAAUUAAACAAUAAAAUGUCAAUUAAUCAGUAUAAAUGUUAGCUAAAAAGAUGAUAAAUUGCUUUUUUAAUUGCUCCACUAAACUGUUCAUUAAUAUGCUGUAUAUACAGCAUUUCUGUGCAAUAAAUGCUACGUGUACACACAAAUACAUACAGCAUACCCUGUUCAAACUGUGCAUGUGAACACCUCGCUGUCAGCAGGGGUCACAGCCCCUGGCAAACAGGAAAUGGGAGAUGUUAUUGAGCAGAUGUUGGACAGGUCCUGAUGCUCUGUUGAUGCACAUGCAUAAAUGCACAUAACCCCAGCAGCAUAAGACUCAACUGUUAACUAGAAUAGUUAAAUCUCAUUACUGCCAAACUCAGUGUGAAGUGUGUACAGGCGAGCUGGUCAAUAAAGAAAUACAUUUGCAAUAAUGAA